AUGUCUGCGGCAUAUUCGUCAGGGUCAUUUAGUACAGCUUCGUCCUCGGAGGAAAGAGUAGAUUCAGCACUCGUUGAGUUGAAAGCAAAAAUCGGUGUGAACAACGGCAUACCUACUUAUGCAGACAUCUCCAGCUUUAUCACUUCCUUCGAUGGAUUCUUUCGAGAGAAGCUUACGGUCGCACGCGAUCUUCAACAAUCAAGCGACCCGGGAUCGAUGAGCAAACCAACCCGACGAGGCCAGGGCCGCCGACGACCAAAAGAUCCGAGAGCAAGGAGCAAACAAACUCAGCAAGAUGAGGACUACUUGCAUCACAUCGGUCCACUCAAUACUCUCUUCAUGAGUACAAUUGAUUCCAUGGACAAAGGGCUUAGCAUCAUACUACGCGGGCUCAACUCGCAUCUCAAUUCUACAGACCUUGCCUUGUUGGUCAACGGAAAUCCCCCUGUUGGGAAAAACCUGGUUGACCAGGCUGUGGACCGCACACUUGUGAAGACUCUCGCAGCUUUGUUGGAUCUUGGAGCAGAUCCGUCCUGCCUGCUUGUGAUUAAAAGAUCAAAUGUUGAGCUGCGUCCAAAACAAUUGUGGAGGUAUCGAGCUUUCUCACAGGGACAACGAAUUUCUGAAUUGGUCGAUCUCCGAGCCACACUGAUCGAUUCGGAGAGACUGCCAAUCUCCGCCAAUACCCUGUUUGGCGAUACCCGAUCUGGCGAUCAAAAGAUUGUUGCCGAGAACAUUGCAAAGGAAGACUGGACCCGCUACAUAACAGCAACAACCGCGGUCAUACGGGUGUCAUCUACCAAUGCAAUUGUCGACGCUGCUUUGCCCCAAUUCUCAAAAUCUUUCGAAGAGUCAUUUCAUUUGUCAAAGCUGGAACCUGGUAAUCUAAAUUUGACCUUUCGAGAGGUUGGAUUCUGGGAGCACGGUACGGAAGCCAAUGAUGGUACUGAAGCCGUGGCCAGUACAAAUGCCAAAGACUUGGAUCUCACGGUAGUUGUACUCGUGGAUCAUUCCGAGUUUGAAUGGGACCGAGGGUCGUACAAAGAACUUCGAAGAUCUCUGAGCACGAAAAUUGAAGGAUCGAACGCCGCUGGGUGCAAAGUACAUACUGCGCGGACCCUGGACGAAGCUUACUAUCCCGGACUUAGCGAGGCAGCUUUAAGAGAGCGAAAUGAUGACCAAGUUGUGUCUGAACCGCGCCAAACCCGCAAAAAAGUGAAGGGAUUUCCUAUACUCAUCGUACCGCAACUAUGGCUUUGGAAAUUGGAUAACACUAUCAUUUCCGCUUACGAAUACGAAGAGGAUGCAGUUCAUACCAAUGAGCUAGAAGUGGAAAAAGACAAGUAUCUUCAGAUGGGAAUUUUCAUGGCAAAUCGGGUUAAGCAAUUCGGACACGACCGGUACUUUCGCUCAUUUGAAUCUCGCUCAACACUAGACGUAUUCGAACAGCGCGUUGUCUCUGUUUUGACAGAUGUCAUGACUUACACCAAAGAAACCAUGCGCAAGGACAUAAAGUAUAAAACCGAGGUAGACCUCCUCUACCGUCUCUCGGAUUGUCGGACGCAACAGAAAGAUAUCAUGCAAAAACUGUUGAAAAAACGGGACGAAUCUCAAUAUAGAAGCGAAGCCACUUUCUCACAUUCGUGGGCCGACGUCCAGAGGGCGCUAAAAAGUCUCGACGAAUACCAGACAAGAACAGAGAAGAUCGACGGUGACGCUGAACGCAUAGAGAAAACCUGCCAGGAUUUACUCAAUCUAAAGCGAACAUUUGCCAGCGUCGAGGACUCACACGCUGGCGUGCUCAUUAGCACUGCCGCUAUUGGGUUCGCAGUCGUAACAAUUUUCUUUACGCCAUUGGCAUUUCUCACUGCGCUGUUUGCGUUGAACAUGAACUCCUUUGACCGGCUCCGUGUUGGGAACAGCGGCGGUGAUAGUACCUCUAAGAAGGACUUGGCUUAUCAUGGGGGGAAGAUGGCGGGUAUAUUUGUCGGCACAGAAUUUCUGACCUUUCUAAUUACGGGUGUGCUUGUGGUUUUGUCGCUAAAACGUUUUGACAUCAUGUUUGGCGGCCGCGCAGAGGAUGGAAAGGAAGAGACACCAAUGGCGAGGUGGAAGAAGGACUCAAUGGUGAAGUUCAAGAGAAGGCUGCUAGGAGAGGAACCAAAUAUCAAAACGACCGAGCUAGACAAGACUGGGAAGACCAAGGAAGUGCGAGGUAAAGGGGUACACGUUGAACCAAGCGAGACAGCGAAGAGAUACACACCAGCGCUGGCGACCACAAAGCCCAACGAGGGUAGUUCUCGCUAG